AUGUCGACCAGCAAUACUGGAAUUCGACCGAUCGACCGGGUAGCCCUCACUCCGUCGGCGGUUGAUACCAUUGCCCAGGCCCUUAUCCAUGCUUCCGAGCCGCUUGUUGUGACGGACUUCACCGGCAAAGACAUUAGGGCGCAGGCAGAACUGGUCAAACUUGCGACAGCCGUCAAGGGUCUGAGAGUCUUUGGCGCAGGGGGCAGUGAAAUGUCUUUUCCAAGUGCCGCAACCGAACCGACCGCUGAAGGCUACUUUGGAGCUGAGCACCUAAUCAGCCAGGUCCGGAAGGCAGUACCUGAAGAUAGCCUCUUUAUGAUCGAGGCAGUCACAGACACGCAACUUGUCGUCGAGAAAAUUCAAGAAACGCUCCCAGCGGAGCUACUUGCCACUGACUACAUUGGAGCAAAGAAAUUCGUCCGCCAAAUAGUCGGCGACGAAACCUACCUAUUCUCGUUCCCUGGCUCCGUAUACUGGAUCGCAAAGCGGUACAAUAUCCCGAUACUUACCAUCGUUCUCAACAAUAACGGCUGGAACGCCCCGCAGAAUUCGCUCCUCCCCGUCCGUCCCGACGGGCCCGCUUCCAGAGUCUCGAACAAGGCACUCAAUAUCAGCUUCACGCCAACGACCGAUUACUCUGGAAUCGCUAAAGUUGCCGGGGCUGGAAAGAUUGGCACUUUCAGGGCUUCUACUGCUGAUGAGUUGGUCAAAACGCUGGAAUAUGCUGUAGAAUUUUUAAAAGAGAACCUCUGCAAUUUUGGAUGCACGUUUGGGCGGCCUAGAAGGAAACAUGUAGACUGA